AUGGAAGAACUUGACUUCGGCAAUAUUGUUUUAUUUCUAUGCUAUGUAGUUAUUCUAAUUAUCAGUAUUCCUGCCAAUUCAUUAAUCAUAUUAUCAGUAAGUUUUUUUAAAGAUUUACGAACACCAGUCAAUUUGCUAGUUUGUAAUUUAUCUUUAGCUAGUUUAGCCAUUUCUGUAUUGCAUAUUCCAUUUAAAUUGACUAGCUAUUUGAAUCCCAGUCAAGUUUCUCUACAAAAUAAAUCUAUCCACUUUUGUCGUUUCUUGCAAAUCAUACCUGGGGCUUGUAUAAUUAGUAUUUCUCUAACUUUAAUAAUCAUUUGUAUUGAUCGUUAUAUUGCUAUCAUUUAUCCAAUGAAGAGGCAUUGGAAAAUUACCAGUAAGCGAGUUUACGUCUUUCUAAUACCAUGCUGGAUUGCAGCUUUUGGUUUAUCUACCGUUUAUAUCCUCUUCUUGCAUAUUAGAAGCUUUUAUGGUCGCACAUAUUAUCUAUCGCGUUACCCUGGUUCUCAUUUAGAUAUUAACAUAACCGAUAAUUAUCAUAAUCUUGUCAGCGUUAUUUCAUUUAAUCGACUUCUUUAUUGGAUUGCCUUUAUACUUAUCGCAUUUCUACUACCUAGCCUUGCUAUGAUGGUUUUAUAUUCUAUAAUUGCUGGAAGACUUUGGUUCCAUCGAAACCCUAGUGAUCGACUAAGCACUUUAACAUUACGAGAGCAAUACAAUCAAUUGAAACAAAAUCGUAGUGUUAUUAAAAUUUUAAUAACAUGCUUCGCCAUCUUCAUCAUCACCAACUUGCCAUUUUACGUUAUUGUUAUGUUAGCUGAUUUAAGAAUUCCUUUACCUUUACCUACGACUGUUGGAUUAGCCAUUCGUAUCUUAGGUAUGAUUAAUUUAUCGGCCGUUGCCUUUAAUCCUAUUAUUUAUGGUUUCUCCAACAAGAGUAUAACCCAAGGCAUUUAUCGAAUAUUAUUAUGUCUAUGUUGUAACCGCCGAUUGGAUAGAAGAGAUAAGUUCAAUACCACUAUUAGAAUACCUCGAUUGGGCUCUAGAAGCUUUACUACAGUAGUUUGGAAUACUGCUCUCGAAUAA